AUGGCAAUGCUUGGUUUCGAGUCGACAGCUGAAUUUUUUGUCUAUCUCACCUUCAUCUUUUUUGGGAUGUCGGUGAUGAAUGUGACGAAUGCCAUUUACUCCAAUUAUAAUUUUUUUUCAGAGUAUUAUAAGUUUGUUAAAAAGCAGGAAAAAGCCGAACCUGAGAAUGAAUCGUUCUGGAAGCACAUGUUCACGUAUUAUAAUGUUGUUGUGUUUACGAUGCAAGUGGUUUUGGAGGCUUUUAUGCUAACACCAUUGGGCCGACGCAUUCCUAUUAGUUGGCGUCUCAUCUUUGGACUCACUAUUCCCAUGGUAGAAAUCAUCGUUAUUUUAGUGAUCCCUGCUGUUGGAGGAAGUGAAAAUGGUGCAAUUGCAACUAUGAUGAUGGUUGCUUUUGUUGGUGGUAUUUCCAAAACACUUUGUGACUCCAGCAAUGCUGCACUUGCGGGACCUUUUCCGACUAAAUUCUAUGGUGCCAUCGUGUGGGGACUUGCCAUAUCCGGACUGAUGACCUCAUUUUUGGCUAUUGUUAUACAAGCAUCGAUGGACAGCAGUUUUACAAGUAAAAAUACCCAAUCCCAAAUAUACUUUGGAUUAGUCAUGCUUCUUCAGGUGGUUGCAUGCGUGCUUCUUGUCCUUCUGAGGAAAAACCCAUAUGCCAUUAAAUAUGCUGCAGAAUUUAGGUAUGCUGCGAGGAAGGAUGGAGUAACUGGUGAUCGCGCAGAUGGUGAAUUUGAUGCAAAGGGAACAGGGCCAGCAGACGAGAAUAGAUAUCCUGAUGAAAAAGAGAAUAAGAAUGUAUUGAAUGCUGAUAUUGAUCCAGAUGAUAUGAGGGAUACAGAUCAGGUUGAAGGCACUACCAACGCUCAGCAAAUGCUUGAUGCGAGUGUUAUGGUUGUGGUGAAACGCAUUUGGCCUAUGUUGGUCGCUUGCUUCUUUGUGUUCUUUGCGACACUUCUGGUGUUCCCUGGUGUAUUUAUAGCGGCGAAGACAGGCGAUACUAGUGGUUGGUACUUUACUGUUGUCGUUGCCAUGUUCAACUUGGGUGAUUUCUUGUCUCGUCUGGUGCUGCAGUUCAAGCAAUUGCAUGUGUCUCCGCGCAUGGUUAUGAUUGGUUCAUUUGCACGUGCGUUGCUGAUAAUUCCACUUUCGCUAUGUGCUGCAGGAACCGUUACCGGUGUAUGGCUUCCUUAUAUUGUUUCUCUCCUUUGGGGUCUUACGAAUGGUUACUUUGGUGGCCUUUCAAUGAUCUAUGGACCACGUACGGGAUCCCUCACCACAGCGGGUCAACGCUCUCUUGCUGCUAUUUGCAUUAAUGUGGCUCUUCUUAUGGGACUUUUUGUUGGUGCUAUGUUUGCAUUGGCUGUUAAGGAGGGACUUCCUAAAUAA